AGGUGAUGUAUAACCAGCAUUGAUCCUCUGCACAAUGGUCGUGCCUGAUACAGCUAAUUACGCGAUCACCACCAUACUGUUAACACUUGUCGCUGUGGACAUAACAGGAAAUACAUUGGUUUGUUUGAUCAUAAAAAGACACCUUCAGAUGAGGUAAUUACGAGUUAAACUCCACUCUUCGUAUGUUCUUUCCUUACAUAUCUGCAUUUCAUAAUAAAUACACUUUUUGGCAUAAUUAUGAUGAUUAGGGGAAAUUCUUAAGAUUUACCUCAUAAUAGCGGAGCUCGCAGAGCGUAGCCACAUAAUUAUACAAAAUAGUAGUAACCCAUCAAGCCGAAAAAAUUUGGAUGUACGACCGUACGACCGUACAAGGUGCUACUUUUAACAUGCGUGGUCAACUGUACCACGGGCACGCCGUGGGCUUUGUUCAGUAGUCCAGUGGUCAGUGCACUGGGCUCCAAGUCGGACAACCCGGGUACUAGUCCAGGCCGGAGCAAGGCGUUGUGCCCUUGAGACGUGUGGGGAAAAAAAGUGCGAGCUCCGCUUUUAGGCUUGGCUAAAUCUAUAUAUUACAUUUACGGGUUGCCUCUUGUGUGUUUUACUUGACUGAUAUCUUUGAGUAGAAAUUCAUUCAAUGUCCAUUACCUUAAAUUUAGAAUCAGUCCUUAUAGUGUAUUAGAAAACGGUGAUUUUUAGAAAUUUCAGGGUCGGGUGAAAUUCGUUUGAUUACGAGUCAAUCUUUUGAUGCUUUUGAAAUUUCUUUAGAGGUAUUUUACUUUACAAAAAAAACAUAUAUAUAUAUAUAUAUAUUCAAUUGGUAUCUUCCCUAUUGACCUUUAUGAGUUCGCUCUUUGACUCCAAAGGACUCCCAUAAAUUAUUUACUCGUGAACCUGGCUAUUUCCGAUAUCCUGUUUGCAACGUUUAUCACACCAAAGAUUGUUGUAAGCUUCAAUAUAACUCACCCGGAUGGAACUGCAGGCUCAGUCCUUUGUAAGUUGGUGACAGGUGGAAAUCUGGCCUGGCUUCCUGGAAUCACCUCAGUUCUUACUUUGGUAGCUAUUGCUGUGGAACGAUAUUAUACUGCGCUUUACCCACUGGAUCCAAAGAGAAAACUGACCUACCGUAAGUUUAAGGUGAGUCAAAGCAUUCCCAUCGACUUACCAGGUGAAAAUACUGUCUGAAGUCUCUGACCAGCUGUUAUUGAAAAGGAAUCGUUUAUCAGCAUUUUCUGGUCCGUUCGACGUUUAAUUUUCACGAGCUUAGAUCUCAGGAUCCGACAUCGGAACCUUUAUCUUAAGUUAACAAUCACCUCCAUGUCCCUCAAGAAAUAUCAGGGAAAGUUGACUUGGAAUGGGUAAUGUUUGAAAAUAAAUUCAUCCGCAGACUCAGUCGAGAACUUCAUUUGGACCCAGUAGGGGCAAAAAAAUCUUUGUUUGCAUAUUACAUUUAUAGCAGAGGUAGCAUACUCAUUGUCAAAUUCACUGACAUGGUACAAGAAGACUAAUUGUCAUUCCUCAUGCCAUAAGUACGGUCAUUAUUCCUUACGCAAAAAGCGCGGUCAGUAUUUCUUAUGCACUAAGCAUGGUCAGUGCAUUUACCUGAAUUUGGAUAUUCGAUAACGACAUAUGUUAUUCCUAAACUUGAAAAACACAUUCUAAUAAGAAACAGUGAAUGAUUAUGAACGUAAUAGAAUUCGAAUUCAAUUUUUUUAUUUCAGGGGUAUGCAUAGCCUCUCUUGAUGACCGAAAAAGCAAAUACACCUCGGAUCAAAUUAUUUUCGAAGAAAAUGAAACGCUUCCAUGAAUUUAUAUUUCAGGUGAUCGUCCUUAGUUCUUGGGUGUUCUCGCUGAUUUUCAACUCACCAAAAUUUUUCGUCAGGACAUUUGAUGACCAGAAAAAUCAUUGUGUGCAAAGCUGGCCCAAAAGGUGGAUGAUUACAGCUUCCUGCUUGACGUGGUUAUUUCUGAUCGUAGUUUCCGUUGGCAUAAUGAUUGUGUUAUACUCUAAAGUAGUAUACACGUUAUGGUACAAACCCAAUGAUGGCAACCCACUAAACUAUCAACAACGGGUGAGUUAAUAAUUUUAAAUUAUGUCUGGAAUAGUCGAACCAAUUCAGCUUAUACUGAGUCAGUUUAGUUAGUAAGGCUGAAGUAGCCAGAGUAAAGGUAUAAACAAUUCUCUCUGUGGUUAUCUGUUAGAGCUCCAGUGAGAGUACUUUUAUUUUCUACAUGCGCAUGACGAGUGUUUACCGCAAGGUCUACAGCUGGGUCGCAAAUAUAUGCUACAGAGUUUUCAUAUAAAUUUCUGCUUCAAAGUCUCGAAGAAUUAUGUUGUCAACUUUACUAAGCAUUCACUUUCCUUGCCGUUAACAGAAAAAUAAAAUAAUUUUAACCCUUGAUAUCGGUGAGGAUUUAAUUGGUAAUAGCAUCUGAGUUGACAAUAUCUUCUCUUUCCUUAUACUUGAUUGACAGGGUGUGCUGAAGGUGCGGAAACGCGUCACUUUGAUGGUCAUAACUGUCAGUGUCAUAUUUGCGAUUUGUUGGGGAGCAGAGUCAAUUGAAUACGUGUUAAGGUUUUUCACGACUCUGAAUAUCACCUUCGUCCAUAUUACCAUCGUUGACAUGAUGGUGUUGUUUAAUUCAGCUGUUAACCCAUUCAUAUAUGCCCUCCUGAACCAUCAAUUCAGACAGAAGAUCAGAAGAGUGACUUGCUGCCCAAGUUCUGUGAUAGCGCCCAGGCCACGGGCUGAAACCGGCACGAAGGAAAGUGUUGUGGAGGAAACCAAGCCUUCUUUUCUUAAAUAGCUGAUGACACAUGGCUCAGAAGCCGUCAAAGUACCUUAGUUCUCCCUUGUUAGUGGCCAAAAAUCCCCUUCAGAGAAAAAAGACUGCAUGUAGUAGAAACUAAGCCAAACUUAUAUCUUGACCACGGAAUCUUUGUAUCGUUUACGACCAGUAUGGAUCAUAGAGAGCAAAGGAAUUAAACUGAAAACAUAUGAAAAUCAUAUAUAAAUCAUUUCUUUUUUUUUCAGGCAUUAUUUUUCACUACUAGUUAAGUAGUAUUCAUAUCAGCGAGGAUCGCUUCCAUUUCGUUUCUUCAACCGCAGUGUACAUAUGUUAUUUUCAUGUAUUUAUAGUAAUGAAUUUACCACGUGAAGGGUUUAUUUGUAACCAACAUAAUGACCAGCUCCCAGUUGACUUGUUAUCUCAGUUGGUAGAGCGCUGCACCGAUAUUUUAACAAGUAAAGUAUAGGCUAAAGUUUGUAAAAAAUGUGAAAUAAGAUAUUUUGUAAACAGUCAAAUUUACUGUAAGUUGCGCUUAUAGUACAAAUAUCGUUUUAUAAUGCAAAAAAAGCUCCAAAAAAGGCAGAUGAAAACAAGUUUAAAAACAAAAAGCAGGAAAGAAGAGAAAAAAAAAGAAAAAGGAAAAAAAUGGAGAAAGGACUGGAAGACAGGGAAACUCUGAGGAGUUCCUUACUUUCAUCCCAAAAUCCUAGUUCUCAUCCAUACUACUAAUUCUCUUGAUCGAUUCAAUAGCUGCCGUAGCUAAAUAUCAUCAUCCAGCCUUCACGUUACAUAUCAUUCCUUUCUAAUAGAGUGAAUUCGUAGAACCCGUUCGUUUAUGCUAAUGAGUUUUCACUCAAAGCUUAUGAGAAGAACAAUAGGCCAUUUGCGAAUUACCGUUAGUUUCAUUUUCAAAGCGAGUCCUGGUGCUCAUACUUUCAUAUGAUUAUGGUUUUCAUUCACAUCUCCAUUACUUGAC